AUGAUGCUCCAAGAAACGAAGAUAGAUCAAGAACCUUCUCAAGAUAUCAUUUUCCGAUCCAAACUUCCCGAUAUCUCCAUCUCAAAUCAUCUUCCUCUCACAGAUUACAUCUUUCAAAAAUUCUCCAUAGACGGUGAUUCCACCACCACCACCUGUCUCAUCGAUAGUGCCACCGGCCGUGCAUUGACCUACGCCGAUGUACAAAUCAUUUCACGGAGAAUCGCCGCCGGGAUCCACCGUCUCGGGAUCCGCCACGGUGACACCGUGAUGAUACUUCUUCGGAACUCGCCGGAGUUUGUUCUUUCCUUCCUCGCCGUCACUUACCUUGGAGCCGUUUCCACCACCGCAAACCCGUUCUACACCCAAUCGGAGAUUGCAAAACAAGCAAAUGCCUCUGCCGCGAAGAUGAUCAUCACGAAGCCAUGUUACGUCGAUAAACUCACACAACUUAAAAACGACGGCAUUUUGAUCGUUUGCGUAGACGAUGAAGACGACGUCGUUGACGGUUGCGUGAGUUUCACGGAACUGACUAUAACGGACGAAACAGAGCUUCCUAAGCCGGAGAUCUCGCCGGAGGACACGGUGUCGUUGCCGUACUCCUCAGGCACCACGGGGAUUCCAAAGGGAGUGAUCAUCACUCACAAGGGGUUAGUUACAAGCAUUGCUCAGAAAGUCGACGGAGAAAACCCUAAUCUCCACUUCACCGGAGAUGACGUCAUCCUCUGUUUUCUCCCGAUGUUUCACACUUACACGCUCCACUCAUUGAUACUCUCGGCGAUGAGGACCGGUGCGGCGCUCUUGAUCAUGCCGAGGUUUGACUUGAACCUGGUGAUGGAGAUGAUUCAGAGGUACAAAGUUACGGUGGUUCCGGUUGCUCCUCCGGUGGUUUUAGCGUUUGUUAAGUCGCCGGAGACGGAGAGAUAUGAUCUCAGUUCUGUGAGGAUGAUGAUGUCUGGCGCAGCUACGCUCAAGAAGGAGCUUGAAGACGCCGUGUGUCUCAAGUUUCCCAAUGCUAUAAUUGGUCAGUGUUAUGGAAUGACGGAGGCGGGAACCGUGACUAAGUCAUUGGCGUUUGCAAAGAAGCCAUUUAAAACCAAGCCCGGUGCAUGUGGGACGGUGAUCAGGAACGCGGAGAUGAAAGUGAUCGAUACUAUCACCGGAAUCUCCUUACCGCGAAACAAAUCCGGCGAAAUCUGCAUCCGAGGCGACCAACUCAUGAAGGGUUAUUUGAAUGACCCGGAGGCUACGGCAAGAACCAUAGAUAAAGACGGAUGGUUACACACUGGAGAUAUUGGGUUUGUGGAUGAUGAUGAUGAGAUCUUUAUUGUUGAUCGUUUGAAGGAACUGAUCAAAUUCAAAGGCUAUCAAGUGGCUCCAGCUGAGCUUGAAGCAUUGCUUAUCUCUCAUCCUUCUAUCGAAGAUGCAGCAGUUGUUGCAAUGAAGGAUGAAGUAGCUGGUGAGGUUCCGGUAGCAUUUGUAGUUAGAUUGGAAGAGUCUCAGCUAACCGAAGAUGACGUCAAGAGUUAUGUCAACAAAGAAGUGGUCCAUUACAAGCGAAUCAAGAUGGUGUUUUUCAUUGAAGCUAUACCAAAAGCUCCCUCGGGAAAGAUUUUGAGAAAAGAUCUCCGAGCGAAACUGGAAACUGAAAACCCUUAA